GGAAACUUCUAUCAUACUAAGGGAGCUUUUAAAGUUCACCAUCUGUUCUUCUUUUACAAGCUAUUUCUCACAACAGGUAGCACCAGCAAUAACCUAAAUGAGUCGUAAAUGGGGUUAGAGCUAUUCAGUGUUGUGAGGUCAGUGGUCUUGUCCUCUUGUGGACAGUAGACAUGAUGUUUCUCCAUUUGCUAGAAGAUGUGUUUUAAAGAAUCCUAUAUAUAGUAUGAUUAUCUUUUCUGUUUGUCUCAGCCCCUCCUCUUCUAUUCUUGGUGUGAAUAUCAGACCCUCUGAAGACCUUCUGACUUUUGUACUUCGCUGCAGACUGCUUGACUCUCUGUAACGAUUCACCUUCUUGCAAGAAUAAACUGCCUAUUCCAAGAAUCUUCAUUUCAGUAUAACGGAAAGGGAUGCUGCGAUGGAGUCUUCAGAGGAAGCUGGAGGCCGAUCCCUCCUGCAGCGUUUCAUUGAUCGGACUGCUGGUCAAAGAGCUGAAAAAGAGGCCGGAGAUGAUCCAAAAAACACAAUCCUUCUCACAUGUGAUCCCAGUGCUGCACACGCUCUACUCUGUGGUUAUUGAGUCAGGUGUCAUGAUUCCUACCAGCCUUUUCCAGACAGCGUAUGACCGUUUGAUGAAAUUGCUGAUAUUACCGUCGCCUUACUCCACUGUGGCCCACAGCACUAUGAGGAGCAUCAAAAUGGAAAUUACCACACCAG